UUAGUUCCGCUGUUGAUAUAUCCUCCGAAUUUGUUAAGAGCGCGCCACAUUCAAGCGCGUUAAUGUAACUGUAAAUACUGUACAACAUUGUAAAAGCUUUUAUUUUUUGUCUGUUUUCUUCACAUUGUUUUCUUCAAAUAUGGACUGCAUGGAUUUCCCGAGAGUUUUCCCCAAUUCUCCCAGAAAAGCGCGCGGACAGAUACAGGUCAUCUUUGGACCCAUGUUUUCUGGAAAAAGUACUGAGCUGAUGAGAAGAGUACGGCGCUUUCAAGUUGCACAAUACAACUGUUUGGUGGUGAAAUAUGCAAAAGACAUUCGCUACUCUGAAACGGGCAUGGCGACACAUGAUAAGAACACUAUGGAUGCAGUGUCUGCAAACUGUUUAGCAGAUAUCCGUCCUCUUGCAUUGAAAGCCUGUGUCAUUGGAAUUGAUGAAGGACAAUUUUUUCCAGAUAUUGUGCCAUUUGCUGAGGAAAUGGCUAAUUUAGGAAAAGUAAUCAUUGUGGCAGCACUGGAUGGAACCUUCCAAAGAAAAGCAUUUGGGAACAUCCUGAAUCUGGUUCCUUUGGCGGAGAGCGUGGUCAAGCUCCAUGCAGUCUGUAUGCAGUGUUACAAAGAAGCAGCUUACACAAAGAGGAUAGGAGCAGAGAAAGAGGUGGAAGUGAUCGGAGGAGCAGACAAGUAUCAGGCAGUGUGUAGAAAGUGCUAUGGAGGGCUGGUGUACAAGGAGAACAGUGCCCCCUUCAGAGAAGAGACCCCACAACACACCCUCAAUGGAAAACUGCUGGAUGCAAGCAUUCCCCGGAAACUCUUCUCUGGCAUGCACCUCUGAAAAUAGGAUAUUCGUAAUUUGAACAACUUUAUGAAUGAAUUUAAGUGUUUUUUUAUUUGCCUAUGGAAUUGUUUAAAUUAUUUUUUUAGAUUAAAAAUUGCACUAA